UCUUUUUUAUUCGAAAUUCAUUAAGGUUGUUGGGGAAUUACACAACACUCAAGCAAGCAGUUAACAAAAUCCCAAGUGUUUCGCAAUGGACAAUGCGCACGGCAAACAAUUCGGGGAUUCGGAAAAGGACGAAGAUGCUGAAGUGUUGCCGCGCUUCAAGGGACUACCCAACAUUACGGAGGGCGUCGAGAAUAUACAUCUUCAUCUGAUGCAACGACAUCUUUAUUUAUAUCCCGCCGAUGGCUCCCAUACCAAGUGGAUGGCACCGCAAGUGAUCAUUCUAUUCGAGUCGGGCCAUAUCAAUCAAGUGGUUGAUGCUGUGGUCAAUGAUUUAAAGCAUCCCAUUGGCUAUGGCCUGAUUGCCAGCAUCUUGGUGCAAGAGCCACUCCGUCAGCCACUCGUCCGACGCCUCAAAGCCCGCAUGGAGCUGAUGGAUGAACGCAUUGCGAAUCAUCCGAAUUUCCAGCACACGCUCAAGAUGAUUGAGCGUAUGAAUUGCAAAUCGGUUUUCAUCGAAGAGUUCGAUGUGACGGACAAGCAGAAGCUUUAUGGCCGAAUGAAGGAAAGAUCACCAUUAGUCAUCUUGGACUUCCCUCAAAUCUAUUUUGGCGAACGGCCCUCGGCAAUUAUCACGCUCAACACGUUUCGCAAUCUCAACGAAGCGAUCCAGUUGUGCUUGCGUGAAGGUCUCAAUUUCGAUACGGUUUCCGUGUGGACCGCAAAAUUGACAGAGGGUUACGACCUGGUAUCGGCACUGGCCAUGUUUCCAAAUUUUAAAUUCAACUGCAUCAAUGUGCCGUUUCAGACCACAGCUUUGGUGGUGGUUAACAACAAUUACCAUUAUGAAGUGUUGUCUGUGAGCGGUGAACUGAUAACAAUUGUUUUUCCCAUACAAUAUAAUAUGUCGUAGGGCCCUUCAUUUAUUUUUGUAUUAGUAAAAAUCAGUAAAAGCAUCAAACAAGUUGCGUAUUGUGAA